GUUGAUGGUACCCUCAAAACCUAUUUUAGUUCUUCCUGCUUCAGAUUCUAGCAAUAAUAAAAUGCAACUACAUUUUGGUGGUAUAGUGAAAAGAUUCUUAAUUCUUAUGUCUUCAGCGUCCAAAGAGAAAAGGCUCAAGAUUGCAUGGAGUCAAUUAAGAAAGGAGAAGCAGAUUUGGUGAACUUAGAAGCAGGGCUUGCUUAUAAUGCAUUCAUCAACCACUCAUGAAAGCCAUAGCCAAUGUGAUGUACUUUGACCAUUCCAAAACCUAUGAAGCUGUUGCAGUCGUAAACAGAAGGGCAUGUGAGAAAAAUGAAAAGAUCAGCUUAAUGGACUUCAAAAGCCACAAGUCAUGCCAUGGUGGUUACUCCACAGCAGCUGGAUGGAACUACCCCAUCAACUAGAUCAAAAAUUUAAUCAACAACGAAGAUCUGAAUGACAGAGAAAUUGCAACUAGUUUCUUCCCUGGUGUUUGUGCUCCAUCAGAGGUUGAAGGUUUUGAUAUAUGCAGUGCAUGCAGCAAAGAGAAUGAAACAUGCCCUGAAAAGGGUUUGUACUCUGAUCAUUCGGGAGCUUUUAGGUGUCUUGUGGAGGAAUUGGGAGACAUUGCUUUUGUCAAGGGUGAUACUGUGUUGCUCUAUUCUAUGGAGGGGCCUCAUAGCCAACUAUGGUCAACCAAGUCUGUUAGGGACUUCAUGUAUCUUUGUCCUCAAGGGGGUUGCAGAGAAAAUCAAUGGCUAUCCUGGAGAUUGUUCGUAAGUUUUUAAAACUUAGAUUUGGAGCCGUUCCUGCAAAUGUGAAAAUGGCACAUAACUCAAUGCCCAACAAAAAGAGAGAGCAUAUUUUAGAAACAUUGACGAAUAGUAGUUUGCUGGAUGCUCUUUAUGCCCCAAACAACGUUCUCAUUCACUUAUUUAGUCCAAGUACCCAAGGACUAACCAUGAUUGAAAAAGUCACAAGGCUAUAUCUGAGGAAAUCAGCUUCAAUCUCACAGAGCAUACUAAAAUUGAAUGCUCCAGAAACCAGAGUCGCCUCGUAUGAAGCAGAUAACAGUUCAGAUGAAUCUUCUUCAUCUUCAUACAUUUGCUGUUCGCAAGUAAUGACUAUGCUCACUCCUGAUGUUACCGCUGAUACUUGGAAUCACUCCAAAAUAGAAGAAACUUGGUAUUAUUCUAUCAAGUUGCUGAAAGUACUAUUUUGUUUGAUGUGGGAAGUAUUGGCUAAAAAACUAAACAUGAUGAGCUACUGAUAAAUAAAUAAAAAAAGUCAUGGUUUUGCAUUUAGUUCCUUUCCUGUACUCGUAGGUUUCAAUAAUGAAAAGUAGUCUUGUUCACAGAAUU